UAAGAAAGUUUGAAACAGCUUUAGGUCUUCCUUGGCUCUCUUAUCUUAAAAUCUUUCCCCUUUCUUCCUUUGCUCCUAAACGUUUCCAAAAGUCCUUCUUUCUCGAUUUUAAUUCGCGUCUUCCAUUUUUUGUUUUUUCAAAUUCCUUCUCAAUCCAUAAAAAAACACAAAAAAAAAUUGUUGCUUUAUUUGUUCGUUUUUUUUUUUUAAUUUUUAAAAAAGUACAUACAUCAUCUUAUCUUAUUUAGCGAUUCAGCUUAAUUUUUUUUUCUUUUUCAGUUUGAUUCGUUAAUUCAUUGUUCUGUGGUUUGUAAAUAUUCAAUUUUUUGUUGUUGUUGUUAGCUUGGAUCAAAACUUUGAUUGUGUAUUGCUUGAAGCAAGUUUGGAGUUUGCGUGUAUUUUGUUUCUAUUUUUAGAUUCGUUUCUGAUCUUUUUGCAGUAAAAAAAAAAAAAACAAAAUUUCUGUUGAGAUUUUGAAUUGGGGGAUUAUCCGCUCCCUCUUUCUCGGAGAUUCCGUCGUGUGAGAUAUUAUUUUCUCUGGCGUAGAAAUAUAGAGAGCAUUUGAUUUGGAAAGGCUAACACUAGUUAGUGUGAAAGAGUUGAUCCAUCGAACAUUAUUACUAUGACGACUUCUGAGAAGGGCACCACUUCCGACGGAGGAGUUGUGUCCAGAUCAGCCAAAACCUCCUUCCGCGCUUUCUCUAACUGCCUUCGUGUGAUUUCCUAUGGUGCCUCCACCUUUGCUCGCUCCGCUGCUUCCGCCGCUUCUUCCGCCGUUAACCGUGACAUUGGAUCUCCCAACGAUCAGGUACUGUGGGCGGGGUUUGAUAAGCUAGAGAAAGAGGAUGGUGAGACUCGAAGAGUUCUUCUUCUUGCAUUUCACUCUGGUUUUCAAGUUUGGGAUGUUGAAGAUACAGAGAACGUCCAUGUUAUAGUCUCUGGGCAUGAUGGACGAUCAUCCUUUAUGCAAAUGCUAACCAACCCGGAGGACGUAGACGAUAUGUUUUCUGAGAGCCGUCCGCUUUUGGCUGUGUGUGGUGACAGUUCUUGGGAAGAGAAUUCGAGUAGGCAAAGCGUUUCUGAUAACCCUGGAAGCGAAACUUUGGUGCCUACAAAUGUGCAUGUCUACUCGUUAGAGUCUCAUUCUUAUGUGCAUACGUUGAAGUUCUGGUCUAUCAUCUAUACGGUUAGGUGCAGUUCUCGGAUUGUUGCUGUACUACAAGCAGCUCAGAUUCAUUGCUUUGAUGCUAAAACAUUGGUAAAGGAAUACAUUAUUGUCACUAACUCCAUCGCCUAUGGCUCCUUGGGUGUUGGAUAUGGUCCUCUUGCCGUUGGUCCACGAUGGAUUGCUUAUAGCGGAACUCGUGUUGCUGACUCAAGUUCCACACCUUUCACUCCAGAACUUAUCACGCUGCCAUCACCCAGUAUUGGACAAAUUGCAAGGGAUUCGAGCAGGCAGAUCGCUACUGGGUUCAGGAAUAUUGGUAAAGGCGUUGGACUUACUAAUGACAAUGUGCCAGACGAAGAGGAUAGCAUAGGAAUGGUUAUAAUCAAAGAUAUCAUAAGCAAAAGUGUCAUUGCGCAGUUUAAGGCACACAGGAGUCCUAUUUCAGCUUUGUGCUUUGAUCCAAGCGGCAUGCUUUUGGUUACUGCUUCAACUCAGGGACACAAUAUUAAUGUCUUUAGAAUAAUGCCGAGAACCUGUACAAGUAGUGAUGUGACCACAACCUCUUUUGUGCAUCUGUUUAGGCUUCAGCGUGGUUUUACUAAUGCGGUGAUACAAGACAUCAGUUUCAGCAAUGAUAGCAGUUCGAUUGUGAUUAGCUCUUCAAGAGGGACAAGUCAUAUGUUUGAGAUCAAUCCCCUGAGAGAGGGGAAAGGUCCGGUUCCUCUAUCGGCGGUUAAUAGGAUAAGAAGCGGAAACAUCAGCGGAUGGAUGGGAACAAUGAGUGGUGCUGCAGCUGCAGCUGCUGGAAUGGUUGGAGGCUCUCUAACUGGUGCAACCGCAUCAACUUUCUGUUACUCCGUUGAACAGAACAAGAACAACCGUUUUGGUUCUGCUGCUUCUUCUGAUAAUACCUCAAAGAGGAGUCUUCUGGUUUUUACUCCUUCAGGAUGUAUGACACAGUAUCCGGUUGGGGGUAGUCAUGAGGCUGCGGGGUUGGAUUUUGAGUCUGGUUCAGAGAUUGAACCAAUAAGAAGGUGGUCCAUGAUCCAAAACCAGUCGAGAAGAGAGAUGCAAGAUCAGCACAGUGACAUAUAUGGAGGUGGAACAGUUUCUGAUUCUAAAAGUAAAGUGUUUCCUGAAAUUGUUAGGAAGCAGAGUGCUGAGGAAUCUUGUAAAGUGACUAAGAAAGGAAAGGCUCGUGUGGAGGAUAAGCAUCAGAUGUACAUGUCUGAAGCAGAACUGCAAAUGUACCAGCCUUCUCGGCUACCAUUAUGGGGAAGGCGACAUUUUAGGUUUCAAGAGUUGAUGUUGGAUGUGGAUGAAGAGAGUAAUGGUGGAGGAGGGGAGAUGGAGAUUGAAGGAAUCCAAACUCGAACGAUUGAAGCAAGAACAAGAGAUUUGGUUCCAGCCUGGGGUUAUCUCCACUCUCCUAAAUCACAACAAGUUAUGAAAGAAUCAAUGCAGAGUCCAACGAACACUACACUAGAUGAUCAAGCGGCUCCCCUAGAGGAUCAUGGAGCAGAGUCCGCGCUCGGAGUUGUACAUAGCAAAGAAGAGAGCUCGAGUUCUGAAGAAGAUAGCUCGAUAUCAGAAGAAGAGACCCAUAGCAAGUUUGUACAUAAUGAAGAAGGUAUUGCGGAGGAGAAGAACCUUACUGAAGUUGAGGAUGAAGAGGAGAUGCACUAGAAGAAGGUGAUGUCGUUUUUGGUUUAUUUUUUUCACCACAAAACUCAGCUUCAAGUUCAACAACAGAAGAACAAAAAUAACUGUGGAAAAUUGUAUAGAAAAAGAAAAUUGAUAUAACUCUUAGAUGUAAAUAGAAAUAUCUUUUUUUUUUGUUACGGAAUUAUAUUGAUUCAUUGAUUCAUGACCAGCAACAUGAUAAUAAUCAUAAAUAAAAUAGUAACGUGA